AUGGUAAACGGCCACGAUAGCCUAGGUGAUUGGGGACUUGAUAGCGGUAGCCAGAGCAUACCCUUGAAUUCAAUUACUCUUACACCGUCCGCGCCGACGUCUCGGAACUCAUCAUUUAGCAUCAAUAGCGAUGAUUCAUUCCCAGGGUCACUUUCUGAUUCGGGGUCUGUAAAAUCUGUUUCUCAUGCUCCCGCGUCUAGUGUUGCGGACGUAUGGGGGGUCGGAAUCCCUACUACCGAUUCGCUUUCGACCUUGCCACUUGGGCAGGCAGUAACUCGGAGAGAUGUCGAGAGCGUCCGUAAGCUCUUAGGCGAGGACCCCCAGAGCGCAUGUGUGCAGGACAAGGAAGGAAAUAACCUACUGCACCUUAUGGCAGAUUUACGAGUCUCGGAUCCCGCCAAAGCUCGACUCAAUUGGGCUGAUACCAUCAAUGUGACCAAGGAGAUGGUGAAAAUUUUGAUCGAGCAUAAAGUGGACAUCGAGGCUCGAAAUCAAUCUCGCAUGACGCCGCUCUACGUCCCGUUUCGAAAACAGCUAAUGCCCUACUCUGGGAGAUCUGACGGGGCCCAGAAGGGAUGGCUGGAAGGGCAUGCGGUGAUCGCACUGAUAGAGGCCGGUGCAAAUACAAAAAUUGACUUGGGAAACGGUGACAGGAGGGAGAGCUUCUACGAUAAUCUUCUGGAAGUAUGGGUACAUAGAUCCUGCGAAGAUUUUUGUCACUCUGAAACAUACCGUGACGUGCUCCUAUCCCUCAUGCAAAGAGUGGAAGACCCCGACCCCCCAGAUACUUAUCUCCCUCUGAUGCACCGGGUCAUAAGAGCGGGCACCGGCCCUCACUCGGGAGAGGCCCUCCGGUGCCUGACGUCCAAGCUCCAUCCAAAACCUGCCAGGGUCGAUUCCUUGAACGAAAAAGGAGAUACCCCUCUCCUAGCUCUCUUAAGUUCCGACAAUGAUGUGUCCAAAGAUUUCCCAGAAACAGCCUUGGAAUUUACUAUCAACGCGGCAAAGGCUCUUCUUGAAUGUGGCGCACAAAUAUAUUUUACUUCAGAGUCAGGCAAUACAGCUAUCCUCUCAGCAGUUAGUGGUCAUCGGUCUAGAUGGCGGUCUGAUGAGGAAGACGUACAAUUAAUGGAUUUUCUUCUGAAUUUCGAUCGGUCAAUCGACGAUGGCUUAGAGCUUGGUCACUGGCGCUUAAUAAAUAUUACACAAACGGUUGCAUUGACAAAGGCAGUGUGUAUGGGACGACCGAAGACAGUCAAAUUCCUUCUGGGACAUGGAAUGCACGAUCGCUUGGAUGAGCGUGUCAGAUUUGAGUAUAGACAUGAUAUUAUAUUUUCCGGCACUCUUUUAGAUAUCGCUUUUUUUGGAGCUGAGCAAACUCGUAGGGAAUACAUUGAGCUGGUUGAUCCCGAAGCUCAUCCAGAUAUAUACACAGAAGGUUCAGAAUUCAGCGCAGAACACUGGGCCUACUUCCGUCUUUCCGAGGCUUUCAUUUACGUGAACGAUGAGAAAGCGAAGGCCAUCGGCAAAUCUCGAUACCAGGGCCAUAGCGAGGUUGUGAAAAUUCUUCAAAGCUACGGCAUUGAACGUACUCGCCCAGAAGAACCCGACAACGAGCCGACUUAUUUUAACGAAGUCACGAUGCCCAGGAGCAGCUUCUUCAACUUUUCUGCUGCAGGCGUUUCCACUACCGAAUUGCGUGAAGGGGAGAUACCGCGGAACGAAGAUUGGAAGUUUCUGUACGAGCUGGAGAUACUAGAUGAGAAAUGGGAGAGCAAAGUCGUCCCCCAACUAGCCUUCAUCUACACGAAACGCAGAGCCUGGCCCCGACCUCGAGUCCUGGACCGCUGGCCGCAACUUCAAACGAUGAUUCCUCCUAAAGGAGAUCCAGCAUGGUAUUUGAACGAAUUCUGGCUUCACGUUUGGAAUCCCCCGCGCCCAGAAAGCGAAGAAUAUGCGUCGGACUAUCGGUCUGAUAGUGAACCUGAUUCCGGGUCCUACUAUACGGGUAGCGAUAGCCAAGAAUACGAAGAUGACCAAAGCUUUGACGGUAGCGACCCUGGUGGGGACGACCACGAUGCAAGAAGCGAUUAUUACGAUUCAGAGGGGGAGGGUUACAAUGACGCUACAGACUCAGAUACAAAUGAGUCUUCUUAG